CUAGCAAGAAAGACAAGAAACACACCAAGGAGCACGCUCAACAGCACAUGCUUCAUUUAGUGCACCACUGACCGUCAUACAGUCGGUCGGGUCCGGUUUCUUGUGUGCGUGGUUGGAGUCUUCUCGCUCGUCGGGAGCCGAAUUUCGAGGCGAUCGACUUGUUUGGGUUCGAGAGUUUUGUUUACAUUUUUUUUUCGCUGCAGGAAUUCUGGAUGUUGUUUGUUAUGGUUCCCCGCUGUUGAAUGCCAGUUUGUUGCAUUUCCUCGCGAACCCUUCCCUGGAUAGGAAACGUGAAAAUCGACGCCUGCGUGCUGGCCAAUUUCGUGCCGAAGUGAAUGUUUGUCAUUGUCGUGCGAAAGUGUCCUUAUUAAUUGUGUUUCUCGGCAAUGGUCAGUGGUUCGUAAGAAAGUGAUUAGUGAUUGAAGUUCGAUUUCAAAAGUUCGAAUCGUUUCGUUUCGUGAAAAGUUUCAAAAAUCCCGCUCAUCUGUUCCAAAAGUGCAUAAAUUGCGGGGCACCGAGUGUUAACCUGUUCGGUUAUCUAUCGGUUUCAAAUUUCAUAACGUAAACAGAGUCAACCAGAAGCAGCGUGUUUGAUUGGAUGAUUCAUCCGGGAUUCUGCGCAAGGAUGCGUUGAGGAUAACUAGAACCGGGUUUUUAUGAAUGAAAGUGUGUGACUCUUUUGGGAUCUCCCCUGGAUACAGGAUACGCAACAUCAAUGUCUCGCCGCCGUUGACGCCAGAAUUCUUUGUUGCUUCCCUGAUUCCCCACCCACUGCCAUUCCGAAUCAGCUGCUUUUACUACAUCUCUCGGAUUUACGUGUUACGAAGGCCAGGGCGUUAGAUCCAAGCGAACGUGGUCAAGGUUUUUUUUUCUGUGAAAUGCAAUAAAAAAGUAAAGGGUAUAUUUAAAUCGUGAAGUGUCGUAUUUCUUGUGGAGAAUGUGCAUCAGUUCGUGGCAGGCAAAAAGCGAAAUUAAUUAAAAUAAGGUGUCGGCAAGUGCUGUCUCAAAAUUCCAGUUCAGUUUGAGGGGAAAAGAAAAUACGCGAAGUGAAGAAGAAAAAAUCGCAAGCCAAGCAUCGGGGAAGAGAAAUAAGUUCGGAAGUGCUUCUGCUGUUGUGGUUAGCAUAAAAAUAAUAAAAAAGAGGGUUUACCUUCGAAGAAGGAAUCCAUUUGUGGAAUAAGUGUAAGAAAAGAUCGAUGGCAAUGGCUUCGUUUGGCAGUAGGCGAGAUGUUAGCGAAAACCGUGCUAAUCAAGGUCGCAGUAAGCUUACGGGGAUGAUCUGCAUAGCGAGGAUAGUUCUGAUAGUGAUGGCCUACUGCUGUACGAUUGUUCAAGGGAAGCCUUUCGUGCCUUCGCGUUCGAGUGGGAAUCAACCAAAAACGUGGGACUUCGAUGAUAAUGUGCAAAACUACUUGAUGGAGUUUGGUUAUUUGCCCAAGUCGAACAUCGAAACGGGCAAUUUACGGACAAUGGAGCAGCUGCAGGAAGCGGUGCGAUUGUUUCAGAACUUUGCGAAUCUGGACCCGACGGGUAAAAUCGACCAAGACACGCUGGAGCUGAUGCGGAUGCCCCGCUGUGGGGCUCCAGAUCUGCCCAGCUCCCGUGAUUUUAUGCCAUCGAACAGUCUCAGUCCGAUUCAGUUCCAGCAUCGGAGGCAUCGGCGCUUCGUCAUCCAGGGCCAGAAGUGGGAGCAUCCCAUCGUAACUUGGAGGUAA